AUGCCCAGUUUUGCUGGAAUUCUGCUAAUUUUCCUUGGGGAAGUUAGGAAGAAAAGUGCCAGUCCUAAUGCUAGCAAUGAUAAGAUCAGAGCCACAAGCAACAGCCAUGGUGACCCGUCGCCGCAAGAGCUUCAAGACUACUUUUACUCCGGGCUCAAAAUCAGCAAGCCAGAAAAGGGCAAGAAUUUCAACCUGGCCAUGGAAAAGGCUGAAGAGAUCACAGACAUUCACAAUGGGUUCAAAUUGAAGUGGGUUUGGAAGGCUAAGAAGGUUGAAACAAGAAACUUUUACAAUCCAGCUCCUGCAGGGGAUAUGAACUCCAGUUUGAUUAGGUCAGAGUUGAGGAAGCAUGAGAAAAAGACUAUCAAGAUUCAUAAAUUGGAAAGUGAAUACAUUUAUGAUCCGAAUGGGACGUGGAAUGUCGCAACUCUUGAUCAUCCUGCUACCAUCGAUACAUUGGCAAUGGAGUCAGAGGUGAAAUAUAUGAUUUUGAGUGAUCUGAGAAGAUUUGUGCAGAGAAAGGAGUAUUAUAGGAAGAUUGGGAAGGCUUGGAAGAGAGGGUACUUGUUGUAUGGUCCUCCAGGGACAGGGAAAUCAAGCUUGAUUGCUGCCAUUGCCAAUUACUUGAAUUUUGACAUUUAUGAUCUGUAG